UCAUCUUAGUUCGUUCUCAACAUUAUUUGCUGUAAUCCGACAAGUUGCCUGGAAUAUGGACGAUGUAGAGGUAAUCAUCGACGGCACCAUAGGUUUAAUUGACUUCUUGGGUUGCGUCUACAUGCGAUUCUGCAUAAUGAGCAACACUAAAAACAUCCAAAUUAUAUUUAACAAAAUAUACGAAUUCAGAGAGUUUUGCAAGGACGAGGAUCUAAUUGAAACCGAAGACAAAAUAAGAAAGUUUACUAAGUUUAUAGUUUUGUAUUGUUUAAUGGGGAAUGUGGUGAAUCUCCUGAUUCCCGUGUUCAACUUGGAGAACUGCAGGUCAACAAGAAGUCCUGAUUUAAUAGUGCACGACCCAUGCGGCGUGUUGUGUCGAUGUUAUUAUCCCAGUGACGUGUCACGUUUUCCUGGCAUAAUUUACGUUUUCAUCCUGCAAUUUUACACCGCCCUCGUCGUCACCAUGUCCGUGUUAAAUAUCACCAUGUUGUUGAUAGGAGUCUUGAUUCACGCGACAGCUCAAUUGAGACACUGCAGAAAAAUGUUGCGUGAAAUAGUCGAUCAUCCCGACGUCGACGAAAAACUGGUGCACGUCAUCAAAUACCACAUAAAAAUAACCGAAUUCUCACAUCACAUGAAUAAAGCUUUCAAUCAAAUGAUGCUAAUUCACGUGACUGCCACAUCGUGCGUCAUCAGUUUUUUGGGUUUCAAAAUUGUCACGGCCGAAAAUUCGACGGAUCCUCUUAGAUUUUUCUUACAUUUGGCCGGUUGGAUAGUUCUUGUCUUGAUAGUUUGUUUUUGUGGACAACUACUAAUAAAUGAGAGCACAAACGUGGCGAGAGAUGCGUAUUUCUUACCAUGGUAUAAGUUAUCAACUGAUAAUCAAAAAUAUAUCAAAAUGAUUAUUAUGAGGGGUCAACAUCCGUUACAACUUUCCGCAGCCAGUUUAGGGAACAUGUCGUUUCCGACAUUUUUAGCCGUUCUUAAAUCGGCUUACUCAUAUUUUACCCUUUUGUUAAAAAUUAAGGGCUAAAUUAAUAUGUGUAAAAAUUAAGUUAAAGUUUAUUUAUUUAGUAAAUAGACACUAUUGGAAUACUGAAAAAUUAAUUAAUAAUUAAUUAUAUAUAUGUAAUUUUAAAAUUAAGG